AUAAUCAUAAAUAAAAGGCGCAGAAGUCGUAGGGCUUGUGUUGUUAAUGUAGCCUUCGUUGUGUUUCUAUUAGGAUCACAUGAUCUAGCGAGCUAGCUGCGUUGUUAGCACAGCCUCUGAGUUAACCAGGAAACGCUGCGACCUAAUAUUUUUAGUUUAAUAUUUCAAAUAUAUUUUAUCAGCUAUUGUUUUAGAAGCUAUCUUGUUAAUCCGGCGAAGCAUAUUGAGGGACAUUUUUGAAAAUGAGCAUGUGAUCAAAAACUGUGACAAAACAGCACAUGAUCUGAAUCUGUGGGAAAAGACUUUAAACUGGGGUAAAUCCUUUCAAGGUGUGUUAAAAGUAGUGAAUAGCCAUGACAGCGAGGAAGUCCCUGCUUAAAGUCAUCUUGCUUGGUGAUGGAGGUGUUGGAAAGAGCUCCAUAAUGAAUCGCUACGUCACCAACAAGUUCGACGCCCACCUCUUCCACACCAUUGGCGUUGAGUUCCUAAACAAGACCCUUGAAGUGGAUGGGAAUCAGGUAACCCUACAGAUCUGGGACACCGCCGGCCAGGAGCGUUUUCGCAGCCUCAGGACUCCUUUUUAUCGUGGCUCCGACUGCUGCCUGCUCACCUUCAGCGUGGAUGAUAACCAGAGUUUUCUCAACUUGAGUAACUGGAAGAAAGAGUUCAUCUACUACGCCGAUGUCAAAGAGCCUGAGAACUUCCCGUUUGUGGUAUUGGGCAACAAGGUCGACGUAACAGAGAGGCAGGUGUCUACAGAGGAGGCUCGGCUGUGGUGCCAGGAAAAUGGUGAAUACCCGUAUUUUGAGACCAGUGCCAAGGACGCUACCAAUGUAGCAGUAGCUUUUGAGGAAGCUGUGCAUAGAGCUUUGGCUGCAGAUGACAAAGCAGAUCAUCUUAUCCCCACGGACACGGUGAAACUCCAUAGAAAACCCCGCUCUGCUACUGCUUGCUGCUCAUAAAAAUCCCUGAAGCUAUCACUAAUAAUUCUCCGCUAUGCCUCUCAUGUUUUCAGGGUGUAGGGAUUACGUGCUGUAGUCAUUAAUUAUGCUACUGGCUUCUUCUGAUUAGUCCAAGAUUCAUUGAUGCUAACUGUUGGACUUCUGCCUGGAAUAUGGAAGAAACACUAAACCUGUCCACUGAUGUAUUGAUUUAUCUUUGGCACAUUUUAAAAACAAUUAAGACAUUCCUUAAACAUUAAAAUACUUAGUGAUCCAGUUUUCAUGUCUUUUUCAUUAUGUCAUAAUGAAAAAGACAUGUUUAUAUCUGAGAGUGCAAAUAUUAUUGGGUUUUAACUUGUUACUCCCAAAUGUAAGUUUUGCAGAAUAUUCAUUGAUAUUUCAGUAGAUUGUAACUGCAUAACUUGAGAUGAAUUUGUAUCAUCCACUAGCCAUGUUUCUAAUGAUUAUGAAAUAUUUAAAUCUCGUCUUUAGAAAACUAACCCGUGAGACUUUUGAUUAUUACCCCCUAACACUGUGUAAUGUACUUGCAUUAUAAAUAAAUUAAGGCUUCGUUGGUAGUGAAGAACAUGUUCCAGCUUGAAAUAAACUUAAAAGCGUAACAUGCAUGGCAAUUUUGAACCCUCAAGUUUCUGCAAACCUUUGUUUUACUUUAAUCUAGUUGAUGUUUAAAUUGAAAAGAAAUAUUUUUUAUUUCCUUUUAAUAUAAAAAUACACUUUUGGACUUACUUUAUAGACUAAUUCUUAUUGCAUUCUUUAGAAAAUAUGCCUCCUUUUGAAGUUUUUUUUGUUUUUAAACAGACUUGAUUGUUUUAAAGAUAAUCUAUCAUUAAGUUAACUCACUGAAAUGAAUACAUGUUGUAAUGGCCUUCAUCAUGGGUCAAAAUUCAGAUCGAUCCUGCAAAUAAUUUGUCAACUAUGUGAAACUAAUAAAUGCAUUUCAAUAUUUAUUAAAA